AUGCCUGGAGAGCCCCGAACUGGCUGGACUGGCUGGGCUACCGUGGGCGACCGUGGGCUGCCGUGGGCUGCCGUGGGCUACCUUCAAGCCUACCCUGGGUUGGCACGCCCUGGUUGGGUGGCUGACUUUGCUGGUUUGGAAACCUAUACCUGGUAUUACAGGGGUCAUGGUAAUGAAUUUGUUCUAGAAUAUUACGGGAUGGUCAUACCCACUCCCAGUCCCUUGGAGGAGCCCAAUAAUUUCCCUAUUGAAACAACUGGAAAAUUCCAUGCAGGCCUGAAUGCCCUGAACCCCAGUCGUCAUCCAACGACAAAAGCUAACAUAUGUGGAAGUGCCCCCCGGCAAAUCACACGGCUAAAGGAACCUUAG